AUGCGUAAACAAUCAUUUGAAAUUCAUGGACAAUUUAUGUGCGGUGAAAAACCAUUACAUCGAGCAGCAAUUGAAUUAUGGGAUGAUGAACGAUCAUUGUUAAAAUCGAUAAUAUAUAUUUUAAUGCAAAGAAGAGGACCAAAUGAUGCAUAUCUUGCUCGAACAAAUACAAAUGAAUAUGGUGAGUUUACAAUAAAUGCAACUUAUCAAAGUGAAACUAAAGUGAACCCAUACAUUUAUGUUUAUCAUCGAUGUGAUGCUGAUGAAUUACCGAUUAGUAAAUCUCGGCCAAAGUUCAAAUUAUGGCGCACAUUUGUUGUAAAAAUACCAGAAAAGUAUGUAUAUGAUGGGGAUCAAGCUUUGCAACAAUUCGAUUUGGGAGUAUACAAUCUGCAAUUUCAAUUCGCAGUAAAUUUUUUCUUUUUAUCAAACAAUGUAAAAUUAAUUUGA